AUGAACGAUCUGUUUUCCGGAUCCUUCUCUCGUUUCCGCAGCGAGGAAGGAUCGCCGCCGUCUCGUUUUCAGAACAACGUCGAGAUGACAGGUAACUCGCCGUCGACCGGAGGCGCCAACCUCGAUAAGUUUUUCGAAGACGUUGAAGCGAUUAAGGACGAGCUCCGAGCACUUGAAACGCUCCAUAACCAGCUCCAAUCGUCACACGAGCAUAGCAAAACCCUACACAACGCCAAAUCAGUGAAGGAGUUGAGAUCUAAGAUGGAUAACGACGUCUCUGUUUCUCUGAAAAAGGCCAAGUUCAUCAAAGUACGUUUAGAAGCCCUAGAUCGAUCCAACGCCGCGAAUCGGAGUCUCCCUGGAUGUGGACCUGGAAGCUCUUCAGAUCGUACUCGGACCUCCGUCGUCAACGGCCUCCGUAAAAAAACUCUCUGA